UUAGAGGUAAGGCAUCGGAUUAUGGUUUAUAAUUAGAGUAAUUACAAGUAAUUUCAAUUAAGAGUAAUUACUCUGCAGCUUAUAAGCUUUAAUAUACAAGGGUAACUUUGCCUGAUAGAAGUUUCACUUCAUUUUACUUCACAUUUUAUAAAAAAGAGUGCGUAACCAAGGAUUAAAAUCGCGAUAGAAUUAACGCCAGGUCUCCAGGUGGUCAGGCUAAAUUUAUCAGCAGAAACUGAGAUCUUGGCACACAGGAGUUUCACACUUUCCUGUGAUCAAUAUUAAUCAUCGCUUAUUUUCACUAAAGAUGGCUACUGGAUGGUCAAGAAUUACAAAAGAAAACACCAACUUUGCUCGACUGUGCAAAUUACUCAUCGAUGGAGGAACGCAUGCCCUUAGAGUCAUUUUUGAUGCCAAACACCCACCUCACGAUCUAAAGAAACAUUUGAUGGACAGCAGGAUUCAUAAUAUCUUAAAGAAUUUAAAGGUUAAAAAACUUCUACGACCAGAGCAGUGGAACAGACUGUAUCCAUGUGUAGGAUCGGCAACAUCUGCAGGUUUUGACAUAACUCUUUUAAGUUUACUAUUGCGCAAUAUCUGCAAUUUGCCAACACCAGUGAAAGGAUGGAACGAAGAGCCUGCUACAGGAAGUGUUAACGUGGAAGAUGAUGUAGUAAGACUGAGAUUAUACCGUAAUAUUCUCUAUGGUCACAUCUCUGAACCAGCUCUAUCAGACGCUGAUUUCAACAAGUACUGGAACGACAUUGAAACUGUUUUGUUAAGACAUGGUGCAAACAAGACAGCCAUUGAUAGUCUUAAGACACAAUCCUUCGAACCAGAAGAUGAAGACUACUACAUCAAAUGCUUAAAAGAAUGGAUCACUGAUGAGGCUGAUAGAGUAAUCUAUGAAGUAAAGGAAUCAGAAAAGAGAGUGCUGGAAAAAGUUGAAAAUGUAGAGCACAAGCUGGAAAAAGUUGAUAAUAUAGAGCAAAAGCUAAACCAACUAAGUCCAGAGCAACCUUCAAGUCGACAGACAACAUCUAAUGAUGUGGAACGUUACUCCAGAAAACAAAAGGAAGCAAUAAUAACCCAAACGGACGAUCUACAACCAAAAGGAAUAAACCAUGCACCAAUGAAGACCGACGAUAUUUUCACCAAUGUGGUUGUUCACCACGGACAGGAAAGAUGUUCAGAACAAUUUCAAAGCGGACAGCACUCUGUAGGUCGUAAAACGCUGACCGAUAUCAAGCACUGCGGUGAAAUUUCUGUUCAAAGAGACGAAAACCUGACUUUCCUCCAAAAUUUUCUGGCAAGAAUUCAAAUGCGUAAAAAAAAGAAUCCUAAGAGAAUAAUAGUUUCUGGGGAACCAGGAAUAGGAAAGACCUUGUUUUCGCAGAAACUUGUUAGAGAUUUAGCCAAGAAUUCCAUAUCAAUCCCUGACGUCAAGUUCACGUACUUGAUUCCCUUCAGAUUAUUAAACUCACUUGUCGACAAAGACCUCAGUCUCCAAGAGCUGCUUAAUCUCUCACCUUUGCUCAACGAAGCCACAAUGAUAGACGACGCGCUAAUGGAAUAUUUUUCUCGGCAUUCAGAGAAAUUAUUGAUUGUCCUGGAUGGCUUUGACGAAUAUAAAAACCGCGACAAAAUACUCGCAGAUGAUGAAGGACCCAAUGAUAGUAAAGCCAAGAUGCCAGUAACAGCACUUGUCAGCAAAUUAGUCCGAAAAAAGAUCUUCAGCGAUUCCGUCAUCAUGGUAACCUCAAGACCGGGCGAAGCCGGCGAGCUGAACCAAAAACUCCACUUUGAUCGCUAUGUGGAAAUUUUAGGAUUCUCAGAACAACAAGUUAUUGAAUUUGUUGAGAAAUAUUUCAGUACAAAACCAGAAGAAGUAAAAAACACUGCACUUAGCAAGGUUAAAGAAAGCGAGCACUACAUUUCAUUUGGUCGCGUCCCUUUCCGUUGUUUAUUGAUGUGUGUGUACAUCGAGUGGAAAAUCAAAAAACACGAUAAUUCAUGUCCUCUCACACUUACAGAGUUAUAUUUCAAAGUAAUUCAAUGCAUAGAAACUAAUUAUAAUAGAGCAAUACUCAGUUUAGAUGACGAAUCCGCUUCGUUGGCUGUUGAAGAAACACUCGAUAAUUUUUCAAAGUUAGCGGCCCUUUUAGCCGAACAAAAUAGAUUUAGUUUUACCUUUCAAGACUUAGAAAAUCUUAAAGUAUCAGAAAAAGAAUUAUUGUACAUAAAAUCUAGCAGUCUUAUAUUUUUUUGUCCUGUUUCAAGUUAUAAUUCGCCAUUUCAAAAGCCAAUCAGUGAAUAUAGCUUCACGCACUUCACCAUUCAAGAGUUUUUUGUUGCUCGGUAUUUGGUGAAGAAAGGUGUAAUGGCGACACACAGAACCUCUGAAAUGGUGUACACAUUCACGAGUGGUUUGUUAGGUUUAGAUGAUAAUAAUGAAUUAAUGCUAGAACUACUACAAUGUCUAGGUAAACAAAUGGAAAAUGAAUACAGGCUAAGACUGGUGUCGUUAAGAUGCCUGCACGAGUUUGGUCACGCCAAACGUUUUACAAUACAAGUACUAACUGAAAACCUUGCCUACAGAUACUGGAAUAAAGAUGGGUGGAUUGGAUUACGAGAUGUAACCGACACGGACUGUGGUGCAGCAAUCGCUAUGUUAGUAAAAUCCACUGCUACAUCAAUGACAUCACCACCACACAUGUUGUACAUUAGUUACUCAUCCAUUACCGAGUUAAAUAGUUUGCUUUCAUCUCUAAACCGUCCAAACUGCACAAUCACUGUACUGGUGCUUGUGGGUUGUGGUUUUAAUGAUGAACAUGUAAAGUGUUUGUGUAAAGAUUUAGCAAAGACAAAAAUAACCAAGCUACACCUGGGUACUAAUCAAAUAACUGAUGGUGGUGCAGAUCACAUUAUGGAACACUUACCCAGUAACCUCAUCUAUCUAAACCUGACUAAUAAUAGAAUAUCUGCUAAAUGUAUAAAGAGAAGUAAACAAUUCUGUAGGGAUAUAUAUCCUGGUGUUACUUUAAUCUUAUGGUAGAUAAUUCAAUGUUUGUAGAGUUGUAGUGAUACAAGUAAACCAAACACAACAAAAAUCACGUCUAACUAUAUAUUAUUAUUUCUUAGUUGCUUUCUUGUUGUCUACAGAACCUGUUGUAGAGAACAAGAAAGCAAAAAUACUAUGGGUUUUAUAGGUAAUUAAAAUAAUUUUAUAWUCAAUGCGUUGCUCUACAGGCAACCAAUGCAAGUUGUAAAGAAUACUAGGCGUAAUAUCAUCGCGUUUGCGAGAAAAGGAGCGUAAAGUCGAGCUAGCUAUUUUGGAAAACUGAGAAAGACAGGAUAUUUAAAGAAGUUAGAGUUUAGUUCGGUGACAAAUUAUGAUGUAGUAAAUAACUUAUAUUAACUUAA